AUUCACGAUAAGAGUGGGACUCGCCGUCGUGACUCGCAAAAAGUGGUCCUGGGUCUCCAUCUACCCUGUGAGUUUUCUGGGUCACCGCUGCACGCGCGCCUUUCAGAGCCCAGAGACCUCAAUUGGUCUUCAAUGCAACAAGCUCACAAUGGCUGAUGGCAGAGGCACGCGGCUGAUCGCCUCAUGUUGGUCACUGACGGCUGCGGCAGGCAUCUUGCUGAUUCUGCGCGUAUACUGCAAGUUGUGGCGAGGACGCGGCCUGUGGUGGGACGACCACCUGCUGAUCAUCUCGUGGGUAUCCCUCUCAAUCGCAGUUUCGAUAAAUACCUAUAUCGUAUCCCUUGGAUUCGGCGACCACGCGGACACCAUUAGCGAUGAAAACCUCAAGACCAUCAACCUGCAUACGAUCCUAGUGGCGUUAUUCGGCAUCGUCGCGACGACCACGAGCAAGACCUCGUUCGCCCUCACGCUGCACAGAAUCACUACGAAUGUGUGGAUGAAGCACUUUCUCAUCUUCGUCAUCGUCACGAUCAACGUCUCGAUGAACCUGGUCUGGAUUUUCGGCUUCGCCAAAUGCACGCCGCUGAAGAGAGUGUGGGAUAAAGAUGUGCCUGGGACAUGCUGGGACGGGAAAAAACUACUGAAAUUUCAACUGUUUGCUGCUUAUUACUCGGCAAUUCUAGAUUUUGUGCUCGCACUGCUGCCAUGGCAGAUUAUCUACGGAAUGUCGAUGCUGCGACGCGAGAGGAUUGGAGUGGCAGUUGCGAUGAGCUUGGGUGCAAUUGCUGGAGUGACUGGUAUUGUCAAGGCAGUGCUUGUCGUCCACAUGAGCAGCAAUGAUAUUACCUAUGACCGUGUCGAUCUGACAAUCUGGACUCUUGCGGAGCCUGCAACCUCGAUCAUGGCAAUUUCGAUUCCGAUUCUGAGGACGCUAUACCGCGAGAUCCGAUCCAGCCACAAGAGCUACUCCCGAAACCAAACAGGCACACACACGCAUGACCCUCGAACAGGAACCCACACGCAAGCGACCGGCGCAGACAAGAAGUCGAAGCGCCACAGCAACAGUAUCAGCCGCGGUUGGAAGAACUCGGUGCAAGUCAUGUCAAAUAGGGGAUGGCAGGAGUCGCAAGAAGCUUUGAACGAGGAAGAAGAGAGCAUGAAAAGCACUGCAACACGGUCGUCUCCGAAGCAGGGCGGGAUUUUGAAAACGGAGGAAUUCACUGUCCAGCAUAAACGGGGGAGCUUUAGUGACAAAAGCUCGAUAGAGCUCAAGCCCAUGGGACUGGGCGCAGGCGGAGAUAAUGGGAGGGAGAAGUACACACGGGGAGCUGAAGCUUGACACUAUUGCCUAAUAACCUACUUUUCUUCUGUGCGGAAGAAAUCAUACAUCAAAGAAAUAACAGAGCGAAAAGUCUCCCUUAUAAGCACACAAAAAAAUGGCGCUCUCGAAGAGUUGUCUAAAGGAGGGCUCUCUCCACUCUUAAGACGUACCGGCAAGGCCCCGGCCACAGUCUUAAACCCGUCGAGUCAUUGAUGGGAUUCCAUAUUUUUGGUUCUUUCACUGCCUAGCCUGAAACCUGCGCUACUACCUUAGCUGUGGGUCUCUGACCGAGUUCGCUAGCUCAGUGUGAUCCCUACCUUGCAACCUGAAUAUCACCAUUUUUUAUUGGACUGCGACUUUAUCGAGAUGCCUUAUUCUUUCUGUCUCUUGCAACGAUCCAAAUCCGAUGGGAUUACUCGCCAUGCCUUGGUCGACUGGAGGCAUACUCGCCUUCAUCACGCUAAUCUACUCUACCGACAUGCACUAUCGCAGUGUACACCAUCUCCACGCGCCGGAGACGAGUUGGACGAAUAUGAUGCACUUAUCGAUCGUUAGAUAUUCCAUCUUCUACUGUUUCGUUUCCCUCAUCAAAUCUAACAAGAGCUCUACUUGCUACCAUCGCGCUUUACUGAUUCUGCGGUUCCCGAAGGACAAUCACACAAUCUGGUUGAGCCUCCGCCGCUCCGAGUUAGGGCUGGGUUGGUGAGGCCCAGCCUCAGCCCGCCAACAUGGCCGAACCUCAUUCGCACGCGCCACUCUGAUGAUCCCCAGUCUCCGGCAGAAGUUUGCUGUACUAUAAGAGUGUCAGAAUUCGCAACAUCUAAAACCGGCUGAUUGCAACCCCAGCCUUGGCAUUUAUGAUGGCAUAUGUUCUGAGAUAUUGUGUACUUUCGUUGUUUGGGUGGUGGAAUAGUGCUUAGAUAUUCCAAAGCCUGUAUUAUGCGUUGUGUGUGGUUUUGGUACAGUGUGUGUAUCACCAGGACUUGCCAUUGUUUUCUAGGAUUGCGGCCUCCGUUAAAGAGGCAUAGUUAAUGGAAGGUUUUAGAAGUAGAU